CAACCACCGUCCCAGACUGGCAUCGGUCACAUCGCAAACUUGCUGGUUCAUUGAGGCAACGCGCUGAUCCCUGCCGAUCAUCCUGCCUUCCCCUCGUCGGCCUGUGCGCUCUGCCGGAAAGCGGGCCAAUCCCUCCCCCGGUCGCAUUUUUUUGGACUUUGCCUCAUCCUUUUCAGACGCCUGGUAUACACAUCUUGAUCAGCGCCCAGAAAAGCCACACGCUGGAACCGAACAUGGCCAUUCGAGGAUAUCGGACAAGGAGAUUUUGCGUAUACCAAACCCCUCGAUCGGCUCGGACGCUGCCCGCCGCAGUCGGCGCCGGCGACUAGAUCAAAAGUGACAAAAGACGGUGGCUGGAAGUGUUGGAACGUUAGAGGACCCACUACGAAAACCGAGAUGAAUCUCACAACUCGAUCGCAAGCGAAGUCUCAAUCGCAAGCUGCCUGCAAAGCGAGCCCGAAACCUCCGACCCCAAAGCAGAAGACCAUUUCACCCCGCCAAUCCAGUGCAAGCCGCAAGAAGUCUUCUGAAAUAGCAGAUACCAAGGCCAAACGGGUCCGGACGGGAUGUUUGACCUGUCGCGAAAGGCAUCUCAAGUGUGAUGAGGCCUUGGGUCGGUGCCUCAAUUGUCGAAAGUCGGAAAGGAUUUGCAGACGAGGCAUUCGCCUGAACUUCAUUGACAUUCAGACCGUCGCGCCUCCACAUGUCAUCGAUCGUCCUCGUGGUGCAAAAGUGACAUUUCGAGACGACUCUCGAUUUAUUGCAUCCGAGUACGUUGGAGGCUUCGAGAGGUACCCCCCGCCACAGCCAGACAGCCCCGUGGAAGAAAGAAGACAAUUACACCAUGACGCUUUCAAUCUCAUGGGGCAUGAUCAGUUGGCAAGCUUGUUCCAUUCAGUCGCUCACUCAUUCGACCCCUCUGGCUUUGAUCUAUCUCAUGCUGCAGCAGUAGACUUCCUUGGUGGACAAGAUGCCUGGCAUCACCAUGAGCCUCACCUCAUGCCAGGUGACGAAUUGUUACCACACGGGACGUCUAAUUUUGCACGCAAACUGGCGAUGAAACAGUAUAAUCCAUCUUCCUUGGUGGAUCCAGAGCAAGUUUAUCUAUUACAGGUUUUCGUGGACGAGGUAGGAUGUUGGAUGGACUCGCUAGAUUCAAUACGAUACUUUACACAAAUUCUACCAUUGUAUGCUAUCGAUGAGCCGUUGUUACUCAAGGCUUUCUUAGCAUGUGGUGCUCGACAUCUGUCGCUGGUUAAUUCGUCAUUUGACAAAGCGAAAGCUACAAAAUACUACGAUGAGGCAACCCAAGACUUGUUGAAUGCUAUGCAUGAUCCGAACCGUGAUUCCGUUCUUUGCACAACUGCCGCAUUGGUUCUCAGCAUAUAUGAGAUCAUGGCUCCGCAACAAACACCGGGUGCGAACCAUAUUGCAGGCUCCAGAGCCCUAAUUCGUGAAUGCGGCUGGACGGCAAAAACGCCUGGUCUUGGCGGAUCAUCCUUCUGGAUCAGUGUAGGCAUGGAACUGCUGAGCUCCCUACACUAUAAGUGGACACUAUCCUGGAACCCCGAUACGUGGGGGGUAGAUAUGGAUAUGCAUCAACAACCGCAUCAGGUCCAGCUGUUUGGAAAGACCGAAGAGCUAUGGCUCCACCGGAUCAUCUACAUUUGUGCCAAGAUUGCCAAUUUCCGCAUCGCUGCUCAGUCCCUACAAUCGGUGAAUGGUUCUAUGAAUUACGCCAAUGAACUGAGUGACGUUUUUACGGAGUGGAGCCACUAUGAGGCACUGUGUCGUCAGUGGUAUGAGAAUGCUCCCAGAUCUUUGAAACCUCUGGGAAAUGUACCGCAAUGGCAGACUGAGCCAAUGUCUUCGUUUUCGCGAAUUUGGCUUCACAAGCGGAUCGCGAUUGUCUCUCAACUCUUCUAUCAUACGGCUUGCUUACUGCUAGGCAAAGCUCACCCCUUGCAAGCCGAGCUUCAUCGCAAAAUGCAACAAACCCACGCCCGUGACAUCUGCGGUAUUGUCACAAAUACAAAAGAUAAAGGUGUCAUCAACGUAUCAAUACGUUGUCUUGCCAUUGCUGCCGAGUGUCUAGACACCGGGGAAGCACAAAAAGAAGCCCUUUCGAUAUUUGAUGCCAUUGUGAAAGAUACCAGCUGGCAUGCCGAGCCGAUUCAGAAUGAACUGAAGCAACUCUGGGGCUGGAACAUUGCCCAGCCUGAAACUGUGGAUCCUACCCAGAUGCACAAUCAUCAGUAUGGGCUAGAUCCGGCUCUACCCAUUCCCAAGGGCCCGGAGUUCCCACCUGGACUGUCCAAUCCUCUUUUAGAUGUGGGUGACUUUUCGAUGGCGAAUCAUCCGUACCAGGAGCACUAUGUAGCUCCUCAUCAUCAUGGGUUGGAUCAUCACCUGUACCAGUCUUAUCUUAUCUGAUUCGCCCAGUCCCCCCAAAGGGUCUUUACAUCUUGGCAACAGUCUUCUUUUCCCUUUCGGUGGCCUUUUUUCUAUGCACACGUUUAUAUACCCCGAUAUGAAAUGAUGAAUGAUAGCAUGAACAAAUCAAUUUAACGCGAAACUGCCAC